AUGGAGAGAGGGACGAAGAGAGAAAGAAAGAUGUGGGAGAGAGAGCUCAAGAAAGAAAGGAGACAUAAACAGAGACGGACUGUCCUUGACCACUCAGUCUCAUAUGACCAGCAGCUGUUUCUUUGUCUCAACAGCCUCCUGUCUGUCUCAACAGCCUCCUGUCUGUCUCAUCUGCCUCCUGUCUGUCUCAUCUGCCUCCUGUCUGUCUCAUCUGCCUCCUGUCUGUCUCAUCUGCCUCCUGUCUGUCUCAACAGCCUCCUGUCUGUCUCAACAGCCUCCUGUCUGUCUCAUCUGCCUCCUGUCUGUCUCAUCUGCCUCCUGUCUGUCUCAACAGCCUCCUGUCUGUCUCAUCUGCCUCCUGUCUGUCUCAACAGCCUCCUGUCUGUCUCAUCUGCCUCCUGUCUGUCUCAUCUGCCUCCUGUCUAUCUCAACAGCCUCCUGUCUGUCUCAUCUGCCUCCUGUCUGUCUCAACAGCCUCCUGUCUGUCUCAACAGCCUCCUGUCUGUCUCAUCUGCCUCCUGUCUGUCUCAUCUGCCUCCUGUCUGUCUCAACAGCCUCCUGUCUGUCUCAUCUGCCUCCUGUCUGUCUCAACAGCCUCCUGUCUGUCUCAUAUGCCUCCUGUCUGUCUCAUCUGCCUCCUGUCUGUCUCAACAGCCCCCUCUCUGUCUUAUCUGCCUCCUGUCUGUCUCAACUGCCUCCUGUCUGUCUCAUCUGCCUCCUGUCUGUCUCAACUGCCUCCUGUCUGUCUCAUCUGCCUCCUGUCUGUCUCAUCUGCCUCCUGUCUGUGUCAUCUGCCUCCUGUGUGUCUCAUCUGCCUCCUGUCUGUCUCAACAGCCUCCUGUCUGUCUCAACAGCCUCCUGUCUGUCUCAUCUGCCUCCUGUCUGUCUCAACAGCCUCCUGUCUGUCUCAUCUGCCUCCUGUCUGUCUCAUCUGCCUCCUGUCUGUCUCAACAGCCUCCUGUCUGUCUCAUCUGCCUCCUGUCUGUCUCAUCUGCCUCCUGUCUGUCUCAACAGCCUCCUGUCUGUCUCAUCUGCCUCCUGUCUGUCUCAACAGCCUCCUGUCUGUCUCAUCUGCCUCCUGUCUGUCUCAUCUGCCUCCUGUCUAUCUCAACAGCCUCCUGUCUGUCUCAUCUGCCUCCUGUCUGUCUCAACAGCCUCCUGUCUGUCUCAACAGCCUCCUGUCUGUCUCAUCUGCCUCCUGUCUGUCUCAUCUGCCUCCUGUCUGUCUCAACAGCCUCCUGUCUGUCUCAUCUGCCUCCUGUCUGUCUCAACAGCCUCCUGUCUGUCUCAUAUGCCUCCUGUCUGUCUCAUCUGCCUCCUGUCUGUCUCAACAGCCCCCUCUCUGUCUUAUCUGCCUCCUGUCUGUCUCAACUGCCUCCUGUCUGUCUCAUCUGCCUCCUGUCUGUCUCAACUGCCUCCUGUCUGUCUCAUCUGCCUCCUGUCUGUCUCAUCUGCCUCCUGUCUGUGUCAUCUGCCUCCUGUGUGUCUCAUCUGCCUCCUGUCUGUCUCAACAGCCCCCUGUCUGUCACAUCUGCCUCCUGUCUGUCUCAACAGCCUCCUGUCUGUCUCAUCUGCCUCCUGUCUGUCUCAACAGCCUCCUGUCUGUCUCAACUGCCUCCUGUCUGUCUCAACAGCCUCGUCCCGCCGCUGCAGCAUCUCCACCCUGAUCCUGUCCUCUUCGUCAAGGCCUUCAAACACAGGCUGGGGGAAAGGGGGAGGAGAUAUCAUCAGUAA